AUGGAAGCAAGGUUGGGCAAGAUAUGGAUCCCGGAAAAUCGAUAUUUUGGUCUAGCUUCAACUAAAGACUACAACCUUGAUCAUUAUGAUUUUCGGUUUUUCAAAGACAUAACCAAAGACGACCAAGCCCAUCAUUUAGCUAUAUUGCAUCGCUUAAUGCGUGUAUGGUUUCGAUUGUGUCUUCAAUUCAACAUUCCCUCCUGGAUCAACCAUGGAUCCAUCAUUGGCUGGUAUUUCAAUGGACUAUCGUUGCCAUGGGAUGCUGAUAUUGAUGUUCAGGUUCCGAUUCAGUCACUAUACAAACUCAGCAAAACCAUUAACAAUACUCUCAUAUACGACUACACUGAUUUCGGAACAUUUGAAUUUGGACUUCGGGGUUUUUACUUUGAUGUCAAUGAAAACUUUCUAUUACGAAAUCAAAUUGGAAACCCCAAUGUGAACAAUAUUGAUGCCAGAUUAAUAGAUAUCGAAAGUGGGGUUUACAUUGAUAUAACUGCACUAACCGAUUUUACAUCUCAAACGAAUAACGAAUUGAUUACCAAACUAUUGCUAAUAGACAUUUACCAAAAAACCAACAGAUUGUUUGAAGACUUUUUUCACAACAUGGUCCAUUGUCGAAAUUAUCAUUAUUACAAAAUCGAGGAAUUGACGCCCUUGAUCCCAACAUACUAUGAAAACACAAUUACAUAUCUCCCUGCAAAUUUUCUUAAAAAUAUAGUGAUUGAAUAUGAUACAAAAUCAAUUAACAAACUCGAAUUCAACGAUUACAAGUUCUUCAAAUACUUGCAAUUGUGGAUAAGUUCAGGCGACUGUGAC